AUGGGAUGGAUCAUCGCUCUAUUCAAGCAGAAACUGGGGCGCACUGGGCGAGUCCUUAAAUUCGCCGUGGGCGCCGACUCUAGCGCGUGGUGCACGCUGCCACUGGACCGCUGCGCGCGCUUCGCCCAGCUCCCCGCGCCGCCAGCUGGCGCCUCCCGCCCUCGCCUCUGCGCCCAGCCGCUCGGCGCCAUCUUUGAGCCGGGCAUCUUCGCCUCACUUCCGGGGCGGGAGCAGCCGUCAGGUUUCAGUGCGCCGGCGCGAGAGGGCCGGGUCGUAGCCUUGGCAACGCGGGUGUAGCCUAGGCCCUUGGGUCCGGCGGGAAGCCAGAGUGCAGCAACGCUGGCGACUGGCGGGGCUGCGAGCGCCCAGGGGCCUUGGCGGCCUGGGCCGCUGCAGGACGAAACCCUAGGCGUGGUGUCCGUUCCCUCGCAGUGGCGGGGCGUCCAGGGCGUCCGCGGGGAGACGAAGAGUUGCCAGACAGCCAGCAUCGCCACAGCCGAGGCGGGCACCCAGGCCCAGAAGCGCACAGACGUCCAGGUGCAGACGGAGGCCCCCACGCCUCCCGCCAUCCUUGUGCCCCAGUCCGAUGCGCCCGGGCUGCUCGCCUUCCUGCGCCGCGUGGAGCCUAUGGUCACCCGUGAGCUGAGCCGGAACAGGCAGAGCCACGCGUUUGAUGGCUUCGAGGUGACAUGGACCGAGCCGCAGCAAACGGUGACCUGUCUGCACACGCUGGGCUACCCUCCAGCCCAAGGCCAGGGGCUGCAUGUGACCAGCGUGUCCUGGAAUGCCACCGGCUCUGUGCUGGCUUGUGCCUAUGGCCGGCUGGACGAUGGGGACUGGAGCACGCUCAGGUCCUAUGUGUGUGCCUGGAACCUGGACCGGCGAGGGCUACACCCUCAGCAGCCGUGGGCGGUAGUGGAGGUGCCCAGUGCCACCAUGUGCCUGGCCUUCCACCCCACGCAGCCCUCCCAGGUUGCAGGAGGCCUGUACAGCGGUGAGGUGCUGCUGUGGGACCUGGGCCGGCCUGAGGACCCACUGCUGUGGCGCACAGGCCUGACGGAUGACAGCCACACAGACCCCGUGUGCCAGGUGGUCUGGCUGCCUGAGGCUGGGCACGGCCACGGCUUCCGGCUACUGAGUGCGGCCCCUGACGGGAAGGUGCUGCUGUGGCAAGGGGGUGGCGCGGGUGGCCUGCGGCUCCAUGAAGGCUUCGCCCUGGUCAUGCAGCAGCUGCCGCGCAGCGCCAGGCUGAAGAAGCCUCCCCGGGGCGAGACUGCUGUGGGCGCCACAGCGGUGGCCCUGUCCACCUUCGACCCCAGCCUCUUCAUCCUGGGCACGGAGGGUGGCUUCCCGCUCCGCUGUUCCUUGGCGUCAGAGGAGGCGGCCCUGGCGCGGGCGCCCAGCUCUGUGCCACUGCGGGCCCCAGCGCGCUUCACCUUCUCCCCGCAUGGCGGCCCUGUUUACUCCGUGAGCUGCUCCCCGUUCCACAGGAACCUGUUCCUGACUGCGGGCACUGACGGCCACGUGCACCUGUAUUCCCUGCUGCGGGCGCAGCCCCUGGCCUCCCUGCGCCUGUCCCGCCGCUACCUGUUCGCUGUGCGCUGGUCCCCCGUGAGGCCCCUGCUCUUUGCUGCUGCCUCCGGAGAAGGCGAGGUGCACCUGUGUGACCUCCGGAAAAGCUCCCAGAAGCCGGUGGCCUGCGUGGCGCAGACCCAGGACGGAAGCCCGGUUUACUGCCUGGAGUUUAAUGGCCAGCAGCCCCAGCUCCUGGCUGCCGGCGACGCCAAGGGCGCCGUUAAGGUGUGGCGGCUGAGCUCAGCCUUCUUGGAGCAGGAGCCCCGAGAGACUGAGGACCUGGACCGGCUGGCGGCCGAGGUGGCCACCUGAAGCAAUCCCCCCCCUCGCCCCCAUGUGCUUCUGGCAGGAGCCCAAUGAAGCGCUGAGGCUGGGGCA